GAUAUUUUUGAUAAAUUUUGUGUAUUUAAUGACUUGAUGAAAAUUAUACACGCUUUCAAAAUUGUAUUCUUAUUAUUUACAUCAGACCCUAAAUACUUAUACUUUAGAUAAUUGUAGGAAAUUAAUCUUUCAAUAAUAAUUUUGUCGGUUUAGAUUAUAAUAAAUAAACAUCUACACUUGUGUUAAGGCCAACAUUCAUUAUUAAUUUUUGAUAUCGAAGUAUCAAGUUCAAAUAAUCCAGUAUUUAUUAUUUGAGAUUAAAAUGUCAACAGGUAUUUAUGUUUACAUUGUUUGGUAAGUGAACAUGAAAAAGAAUUACCUAAGAAAUUUAAAGUUCUAGUCAUAAAAAAGUUAUAAAUCAAGUUCUAGGUAAAUUAAUAUAAAACACGUAGGUCAUUUUCAAAUUUUAAGUGUUCAUCAUGACGAUUCCAACAAAUAUUAUUUUGUUGCUGUGUUUAAUAUUUGCAGUCAUUGAAAAUGACGCAGUUAAUGAUUGUAAUAGUGAACUAGUGGCUCUUGUACAGAUAUUUAGGCAUGGGGAGAGAUCACCCAUCACAUUUUACUCAACUGAUCCAUAUGCAAAUGCAGCUUACUGGGAAGAUCUUGGCGGUGAGCUAACUAACCGAGGAAAGCGUCAACAUGAAGCUCUUGGUCAACACACGCGAAAUGUAUAUUCUGAUUUCCUUCCUACAAGAUUCAAUUCCAAUGUAUUAUACGCUACUACAACCGACGUACACAGGACUCACAUGUCUGGCCAGUGCAAUCUUUAUGGUAUGUUUCCAGCAGUAGGUAACAACAUCUGGAAGGAAAACCUUAACUGGCAGCCGAUUCCGCUUCAUCAAGCAGAUCCAUAUAUAUUUAAUGGAAAUCCAGUUGACUGUCCAAACUAUGACCUAGUGUAUGCUGACUUGUGGCUGCGGAAACCAUAUGCAGCGCUUUUAAACAAAUAUCAAAGUGUGUUUGAAUAUCUAACUGAACAUACUGGUGAUAAUGUAACAGAUUUUUUAAGCGCUCUCACAGUUCAUGAUUGUUUGCUGAUCGAAGAUGGUGUUGGUUAUGAACUGCCUGAAUGGGCUAGUGAAGUCUAUCCUGAACCUUUAGCAACAAUAGCAGGGAUUGGCUAUAAGUCUUUGACUGAUACACUUGAACUACAACAAUUUUAUUGUGGAACACUCGUCAACGACAUCGUAGAAUACCUUGAUGCUAAGAUCUCGAACCCGCUGGAUGUAGAGCAAUAUCGAAUAUACAGCGGACAUGACUCCAAUAUUGCAGCGCUCCUAAAUACUUUCGGAGCAUUUGAUGAACCCUAUUCCCCAGCUUUUGCAAGUACCAUUUACAUUGAAUUAAGACAGCGCGAAUCCGACGACCUCUUUGUGAAUGUAUAUAGCAAGAAUAACGAUGAUAUUAAGAAGAUAUCAGUUCGGAACUGCGCUUCUGAUUGUCCUUUUGCUCAAUUUAAGGAGCAGUUAUCAAAUGUUGUACUAGAUGUCGGUACUUUUAAAGAAAUGUGCAAAGUCUCCGACACAAAUAUUGUAAUAACUGAGCAGCACAAAAAAAUUAUUGACAGUUAUAGAAAAAUAAAAAAGUUAUUCUCUUAGUAUUAUUUUUAAAUAUAAAACUAAUAAAGGUUGGUAAAAUUCCA